UCACAAGCCUUCCCACAUUGUCUGCCACCUGUUAAACAAUCUACUACAAGCCCAAGGUCUCUCCCCUCCCUGGGUAGGGACAGAAUGUCCUGUAAGGAACACAGUAUUCCAGCCGGUCUGUAACGAUCGUCUUCGGGAGAAAGAGAGGAGGACCAAAGCGCAGCGUGAUGUCCAGCUCUGUAACAACCACCACUAACGGGGUGGUGGUCAUCACCCAUGUACACCCCACUGGCAACGGGAUGGGGGUCGUGAGGGUCGAUUCUGCCCCUCACUGUUUGGGACAGACAGUUUCCUCAGUGCUGGGAAGUUUCCGGGCAGGGCAACCAAAAGCGCUGGGGACCGUACAGAUCAUGGUUGGUUUGAUGAUGCUGUUGACGGGAAUCGUGAUGGCUACAGGACCACAAGUAGACAAUAUUGGAGUAAUCAGCGGAAUAUUUGUCUGGGGAUCUAUCAUUUAUGUCAUUGCAGGCUCUCUAACUGUUGCUGCUGACAACAAUUUGAACACAUGUCUGGUAAAAGGCUCCCUUGGAAUGAAUGUUGUCGCCACGGUUAUUGCUCUUACUGGCACCAUUCUGCAUUCUUUGGACAGUGCUGGGAUCUUCUUUUACAACUACUACUGUGACUAUCCAGACUAUCCAGACUAUCCUUCAUACUACCCUCCAUCCUAUGUCUGCCAACAGUAUUGGAUCAGGUCCCAGGGAAUUUCAGGUGUUUUGCUUGUUUUCUCCAUGCUGGAGUUCAUAGUGUCCAUCUGUGUCUCGUCAUUCGCCUGCAGAGCUGUCUGCCAGUGCUGCCGUUCCAACCCUGAGCAAGUGUUCGUCAUUGGGAAUCAAAUACCGGUACCUCAUGGCUGCAUGACUUCAAGCAACGCACCUUUCCCUCCUCAGAACAACUACGAGACUGUGAUCUACCCAAAGGGUCCCGAGGGAGACGAUAUGGGAACAGGGUUUCAACAGAAACCACUGCCUCCACAAAACACUGCUUUCAUCCCUUGAGAAUUGGGCUUCUGUGAAUACAUCGCUCUUUUUCUUGUUAAAAUUGUGUUUUCUAGGGCUAUUUUUCUGAUCCAAGCCAGGCAAUGGUUGGCACCACAUCACUGAUCUGAAUCAUUUGACAGUUCAAUAUUGGUAAUGUAAUGUAAUGUAAUGUUUCAGUAUAAUGUUUAGGUUACUAUAUGGUUGAUUUUUUUUAAACUUCAUGUUUUUGUAAUUUCUCUCUUGUUUUAUUGAUAUAAGUUCAUUAGAAUUUAUUAUAUAAAAGUAUAGUACAUUUAUCAACUAACAUCAGCCACUGCUACAUUACAUUAUAUGAUAUUGAGGCAUCACUUUCUUUUAAUAACAUGCAAAUACAUAUUUAACUUAAUGUCUUCAAACAAGUCUUGACUUAAACAUUAAAAAACUGACAGAAAAAAAUGUGAGUUGGAAGUCACUUUUAUCUUUCACACAACGUAAUUAAUGACAUUCAUAUUUUGGGUCUGAAAACAUCCUGAUAAGGAGGGAGUGGUGCUUGGAUGUUUACAUUGGGCAUUGGCCUAUAUCCUUUCUAUCUUGAGUAUGUGCAACAUUAAACAUCAUGAACAGUCAAAAUCAUGUGUUUCAUUAAAUUUGAUGAUUUUUUUAGAAAGAAACCAUAUCAAAGUAUGAUGACCAAAUGAUUGUUACUUCUACCGUGCCACAUUUGUGUGUUUUAAAGCAUGAACUGUUUGUUUCAAGUCCUGCCACAACAUCUCAAUUGGGAUUAGGUCUGGAUUUUGACUAGGCCAUUCCAAAACUUAAAAUGUGUUGUCUUUUAACCAUUUUCAUGUACUUGAUUGUGAGUUUUGGAUCAUUGUCUUGCUGUAUGACCCAGCUGCGCUUCAGCUUCAGCUCACAGAUGGAUGGCCUGACAUUCUCCUGUAGAAUUCUCUGAUACAGUGCAGAAUUCAUGGUUCUUUCUAUUAAGGCAAGUUGUCCAGGUCCUGAGGCAGCAAAGCAUCCUCAAGAAGAGCUUUUGGGAAUGUUUUGUUCUUUUGUCAUAUAAUCCUCCUUUUAAAAUAUGUAUACUUACCUGGAGUGACGUUUUAUUACAUGCAUACUUACCCAGAGUGGCCUUUAAACAUGCAGAGUUACCUAAUUACUUACCUGAAAAACUUACCUGAUAUCCAAACCGAUGUGUAGACGGUAUGUUGCUGUUCGUGAGAGGACCUGUGUGUAAAUCCUCUCUGCCGCGCCUGUUGAACAAUGUAAACACCAUCAACAUCAACAAUAACCACAGCCAUUCAUCCCAAACAACAUCAGCAAUAACCACGACCGUUCAUCCCACCGCUCAAAAAUCACAAACCACCACUCCCCCCAUAGUAUUCUGAAGAAUAUGUUUUCAUUCCCUACUUUCUAUUUUGAAUAAUGUUUUUUAUCCCUAACCCAAGACCCCUUAGCCUAAACUAGAUCCGUAUCCUAUUUCCAACACUUCCCUUUAAACUAGCGUUUCUCAAAGUCGGUCCUCUGUACCCCAAGGCGUGCAAGUUUUGUUUUUUUGCCCUAACACUACACAGCUGAUUCAAAUGAUCAAAGCUUGAUGAUUAGUUGAUUAUUUGGGGUCCAGAGGACCGAGUUUGGGAACCCUGCCUUAAACCUAUACCCUUACCCUAAACUGGGUUUGUAUGCUUUACCCAAUCCCUCCUCCACUAUUUUAUAUUUUUUCUUUACUUCUUUACAUGUUUAAUUCAUUAAAGUUUGUUUUAAUAAAAUCAAGCUGAGAAAGAAAAAAAUGUAAC